AGAUCAAAAUUUAUAGAUAUAUUAAAUAAACUUAUUAGUUUAAGGAAUUAUGACUUUUGGAUUCGUCGAAAAUACUAUAAUUGAUCGCAACACGAUAAAGUUGAUCCGCAGUCAAGCAGCGAAGGGUCGGAAUGUCGGGAAAAAGCACCCAUCGCGGGGGAGAAGAGCUACGAUCAAAGCUGAUAUUGCCAAAUCUGAUUAUAAAACCGAACACUUGGACUCUCGUAACCAUCACAUGGUAUUACCUACGAUAGAACUGCAAUUUGAAGACAGCUUAUCCGUUUUCCCCCUACCAGUCGAGUCAACUCCAGAAUCUAGAACUCCUGUUCAGAAAGCCUUCGAGUUCCUUAUCAGCGUCCCUCAUAAACCUGGGCUCGGCAAUGCCAUUGAUUUCUCUGUAGCUGGGUCGAUAUGGAUCCAGUUCUGGUUUGUAGAUGAAGCAUACUUUCACUGCUUUAUAGCGACGUCUAUCGCUGCUAAAAACCUAUCAACGACAAACCCCGAGGAUUCCACGGAAGGGUUGAGCCACCUAUCAGACAGCCUCCGCCUAGUCAACCAGAGACUAUCCGAGGGAGAGGCGUUGUCGGACAUGACACUGGCCUCCGUAGUUUCAAUGCUCCAAUACGAGCGGAUGUGUGGUCAGUAUUAUCAAGCCCUAAUCCAUUUCAGAGGGCUUCAGCAGAUGGUUGAGCUCCGCGGUGGAAUCUCCCAGCUUAUGAAAGAGAAACCGGAGCUUGCUCAAAAGAUAUCCAGGGCCGAUCUCGAGUUUGCUAUUUAUUUAGGAUCGUCUACACGGUUUAGCGUCGACGAUGUGCCGGGUGUCGCUACUCUAAACUGGCUCCGUGAGAGACUUGGGACGUCUCAAAUAUCUAGCUUACUCACGUCGCAGUCUUUCGUGCAGCUAAACCCUCGUAUGAAAGAGGUCUGGACAGACAUUAUGAGUCUUACUUGGUUUCUUAACGAGAAUGUCGAUGAUAGUAUUAAGAUGGAUGGGUACACGUAUCAUGACACCCUCAUCCUCAUCCUCAUCAGCUAUCGACUAGUUGACAUCAGACCCCUGAAUGCAGACCCAGCUAACAGUCUCGAGAAUAUCAUACACGUGAGGCUACUAAUGAUAAUGGCCAACUUCCUACUUUCCCUUAUGCAUAGACUCCCCGAUCUACCACUUCUCCGCCAGCAAAUAGGAGCCCUUGUUCAAGAAGAAUUUACCGAUGAUGCAGAAAACAAGUAGACCCUCCUCUGUGUUUUACUCAUGGCAGAAAUAACACUAUUCAAAAGAUCUUAGGAUGAGAAGUUGAUGCAGAGGAUAAGGCAGGUUAUUCUAUCGUUGGGUCUCCAAAGUUGGGAUGACGUAUGUCAAAUUUUCUCUAAAUUUCCCUGGAUCAACGCUUUUCAUGAUAAACCAGGACGAUUAUUAUGGGA